GGGCUACUUUCUCAUAUGGAAAUGCCACGUUUCACGCGGUGAAUGGCCCAGCUGACAGCACAGUUUAGCGAGGCUAACCACCCAGGUGCAUUUGUGGAAGUCCAUUGUUGGCACCCGAUUCCCUCCGCCUCUCCCUCUCCCUCUUGCCCACGCGGAAAUUAUUUUCCCCCCUAAAUCAAUUUCCAUUCCCUUUUCUGAGUUUCUACACCCAACUUUGUAUUUAGAAACUACACUUGUUUGUGUUUUUGUCCUCUCAAAUUACACCACAGGCGGAAAAUUUUCCUCAAUUUUUCAUUCCAUAUCAGCUCAGUUGCUUCUUUAGGGUUUCUAUUUCAAGUGGGAAUAUUUCCCAUCUUCAGCUGGAUUUGACCCUUUUACGUUUUUCAGCCCAUUUGCAAUCACUGUGAUUUGAGUGGUUUUUAUCUGGCUUUUUUAUUUGGAUGCAAUUUUUACUGAAUAAUGGCUUCGAUUCGGAGGACGCUGUCGCCCUACAACGAUCGAUCAUAUCCUAACGGAUCCAGUAAUCCAUUUUCAGUGCAAUCGCCGUCGCAGAAGCUGCUUUCCCACGGCAGGACGACUUUUUCUCCUGUCCGUAGAUUUAUCACAGGAAUUUUCCUCCAAAAGCACUACUCUCGAAAAAGUAAUCAGUUUUCCUGGAAGAAAUCGCUUAUCCGCUGCUUCCUGUUCUUUUUUCUAGGGUUUUUACUGGGCAUGGCGCCGUUCAAUAAUGAUUUUAAUGAAUUAAAGCAGGACGAUUUGAGAAACAGGGAUUUCUCAUUCGAAAUGAAGCCUGCAGUGGUGAAUGUUGAGAAGAAUGUGGGUGAUAUAGGUUUUGUGGAGAAACCCAAAGAGAAUGAUUUAAUGGUGGAUGCUGUUGAAUUGGGCGUUGUUGAGAGGAGAGACAGAAAUGAAAUUAAGAGGAUUUUGGAUUUUUUGCCUCGUAAACAAUUGAUUGUGGUGACACCGACAUACAACAGGGCUCUGCAGGCCUACUAUUUGAAUAGGUUAGGGCAGGUUUUGAGACUGGUGAGACCGCCUGUGCUGUGGAUUGUAGUGGAGAUGAAUGCAGCAUCCAUGGAGACUGCGGAGAUUUUGAGGAAUAUGGGGAUUAUGUAUAGACAUUUGGUUUGUAUGAAAAAUUCUACAGAUGUGAAGGACAGGGGAGUGCACCAGCGGAAUACUGCAAUCGAGCAUAUUGAGAGGCACAGGCUUGAUGGAAUUGUGUAUUUUGCAGAUGAUGAUAAUAUCUAUUCACUCGAGUUGUUUGAGAGCAUAAGAGAGAUCAGUCGGUUUGGCACUUGGCCUGUUGGCAUGCUGGCCCAAAGCAAAAACAAAGCAAUACUGGAAGGUCCUGUAUGCAAUGGAAGUCAAGUAAUAGGAUGGCACACAAAUGAGAAGAGUAAAAGACUUCGUCGAUUCCAUGUUGAUAUGUCAGGUUUUGCCUUCAAUAGCACCAUUUUGUGGGAUCCCAAGAGAUGGCACCGUCCAACUUCAGAUCCAAUCCGGCAGUUAGAUACAGUUAAGGAGGGCUUCCAAGAGACGACUUUCAUAGAACAGAUAGUUGAAGAUGAGAGACAAAUGGAAGGCAUUCCUCCAGGUUGUUAUAGGAUAAUGAACUGGCACCUUCAUAUCGAAUCUCGCGAACUCUUAUAUCCCAAAGGCUGGAUGCUUCAGAAGAACCUCCAUGUAGUUACUCCCUCCAAUUGAUAGAAUAUGAUUCCAUGGAAUGGCCUAUUUCAUGUUUGAUCCAUGAGUGUAUUCUCUUUGUUGGAGGCGAUUAUUGACUUAAAACCAAUUCAUUCUGGCGAGUGGCUGCUUUUUCAGCAGAGGACUUUAGAGCAGCCGUCGGACCUUCCGAAGGAGAAGAGCAUCGAACGGAAUAGACAUUAUUUUCAUUUAUAAUUUUUCAUUUGUUUUAGAAGUUUUUGGCAGAGACAAAAUUCAAUUUUUGUGGUAUAGUUUUGAUACUUGUUAUGAGGCCAGCUAUAGAUCUGCCUUGAACUGUUUAGAAAGAAUGCUGCGCCAUUUGAACUUGGGGUAUAACUUUUGUUGGUUUGUAUGAAAUUCCAGUUAUGAUUGCAGUAAUAUAGGAAUAGCCUCAAAUGAGGUAACAAAGUUGCCUGUUCAUAUUGUAACCUUAGAAUUUGCUAUUUCUCGGCAAUGAUAGAAAUCUAAGAGAAA